UUUUGUUGCUAACGUAACAGCCGAGUGCGUUCGUUAAAAACAUUCCUCAAGACUCAAAGCCCUUGUCAAAGUUAUCCUCUCUGCGCGUUAUUCUCAUCGGAUCGUCUUAACAAUCAUCAUUGUUCUUCGUUAAAUCGCAAUAGGUUCAGUGAAUAUUGAUUAGUGAUAGAAGAGUAAAAGAAAGAUGUGGGCAGCUUCAUGCCUUGCCUCCUGCUGUGCAGCAUGUGCAUGCAAUGCAUGCCAGACUGUUGUGUCAGGGAUUAGCCGUAGGUCUGCUCGUAUUGCAUACUGUGGUCUCUUUGCUCUUUCUCUCAUUGUUGCUUGGAUUCUAAGAGAAGUUGCUGCACCUCUCAUGGAGAAGAUUCCAUGGAUUAAUCAUUUUCACCAAACACCAGAUAGGGAAUGGUUUGAGACUGAUGCUGUUUUGAGAAAAGACCCACGAGACAGUUUACACCAUGGUGGAUGGAUGAUGAAAGUCAUUUGCUGGUGUCUUUUGGUAAUCUUUAUGUUUUUCCUCCCAAAUGAGAUUGUUAGCUUUUAUGAGUCAACAUCAAAAUUUGGGUCAGGGUUAUUUCUCCUUGUACAAGUUGUCCUCUUGUUGGACUUUGUUCAUAGCUGGAAUGACACAUGGGUUGGAUACGAUGAACAGUUCUGGUAUACAGCCUUGCUUGUGGUUUCACUCGUGUGUUAUGUAGCAACAUUCUCCUUCUCUGGAGUUCUCUUCUAUUUGUUUACCCCAUCUGGACAGGAAUGUGGGCUCAAUACAUUCUUUAUUGUCAUGACCCUCAUUCUUGUCUUUGUGUUUGCCAUUAUCACUCUGCAUCCAACAGUAAGUGGAAGCAUUCUGCCAGCAUCGGUUAUAUCUUUAUACUGCACUGAGCACAGGGACACUUACUGUUGGGCUGCUCACAACUGUGCUCUCUGUGGUUUACUCUGCUGUGCGUGCUGGAUCCUCUACAACUCUCCUUCCCCUCCUUCCUCCCCUCGUGCUGGUGGGGAGAAACCUUUGUUGCCAUUAGACAAAAGAGAUGAGCAUGAAGAGAAAGAGAAUGUUGCUAAGCCUGUUACGUAUUCCUAUUCCUUCUUCCACAUCAUCUUUUCUCUUGCCAGCAUGUACUCAGCAAUGCUACUCACUGGCUGGUCAACCUCGGUUGGGGAGAGCGGGCGGUUGGUGGAUGUCGGGUGGCCGUCUGUGUGGGUCCGGAUCAUAACCUCAUGGGCAACUGCCGGUUUGUUCAUCUGGUCUAUGGUUGCCCCUCACCUCUUCCCUGAUAGGGACUUCUGAGGGCAAUAUCGUAAUAUUUCACACUAAUACAUUACCUUUACCUACCUACCUACCUACCUAUUUGUAUUUGAUUUUUGUGUGCUGAUGUUUGACCGAGUUGCUGUUGGGUUUGUUUUUCGUUUGUUUAAUCAUGUGAAAUUGUGAAUAAAUCUUUUAUUAAGUCUCAAUGUGUGCUUUCUUUCAUAUGUAUGAUAAUACUAAUAGAUAAGU